AGAGCAGGGGCGGGCGCGCGCGCGCUAUGAUCCCGUCGCGGAGAUCCAUGGAUCCGCGACAGCAGCAGGCUUGCUCCUGCCACUCGUGCGUCACGAAGCACGAGUACAGGGGCAAAUCGCACAAAUUCUUUUGCGAGGCGGGAGGAGCGGCGGCGGAAUCUGGGCACUGGAGUGGCUGCGGCGGUGGUGGGAUGCUCUUCCCGGCCACGCCGCUCAAGCGGGAGAUGACGCUGCGGAGGGACAUCGCAGUGGAGUCUCCUCCUUGUAGUACCGGCGACAGGGCUUCUUUGUGGCGAUGGCCGUGCUCCAUGCCGAGAUAUCGACCGGAGAACCAGAUCGUUCUGCACAAAUGGUUUCUUAUCAAGCUCGAAGAAUCCGACACUACGUCCGGAAGGUUGCAAGUAGCCUUGGGUGGCUUUCAGUACGGGAUGGACUCGGAAUUCGUAAAGACUGGCCCGAUUGCCAAGCGCACUGACAAGAGCAGACUGAAAACUUGUGAUGGAGUUGAGGUUCGUUUGAUGGGGUCCAUGGACGAGGAAACAACUAUUGCCAAUGGGUUUUCAGCCUGGGUCGCUGAUAUAUUCUAUUCUGGUUUCCCGUGUACGUGGGAGAGAGUUCUCCAAGACGACACCGAAGUCUCGAGAAUGACCAAGAAAGUCGGCGACACUAAGCGCUCGCUCGGGGGAUCAAGUCCCUGUAGCAGCAAAGGGGCAGCUGCGAGUGAGAGUCAAGCCGCAUCACCAACAACAGAAACACAAGUGGUCAGCAAAGAACCAAGUGUGGAGACGAAGACUACCGUUGCUCAUGGCGACACAGAACCUAUUAUAGUAGUGACUGAGGUCCAGAAUGAGGUGGCUACUGUUGCAGAGAUUACUUGCAAAGAACCGGUUGCCGAAAGUGAGGCUGAUGUUGCUGCCGAAGCCAUCGUGGAGGAACUUUUCGGGACUGAGCGAGAACAAGACGUGGGAACAGAAACUCGAGAACGUACAGUGGCAGAACUUACUCUGAAACAAGCAGGUGCCGGAUCUCCGGAACAUACCGUGGCUGCUGAAGUCCACGAAGGGCCAGGUUCCGAGAAGCCGCCGAGCCCAAAGCCGAGAGAUACCAUCGAGGCCCGGGCCGAGUCCGUGGUUGAAAACAACGACACCACUGCCGAGCAGCGGAAGAGCAUAAAGCCAUCACCGGCGAGGGGACGGAAGAGGCCCUUGUCGAAGCCGUCAGGAAAGCGUGGCCGGCCUAGGAAGAACAAGCUUCCACAGGAGGAAGCGGAAGCUCCGCCACCACCUCCAGUGGACUCGGGAGAGCCGAGCUCUAUCGAGGAAGAUAAAGAGGCUCGUGAGCAAACUGAGCAACCAGGAUCAGAGUUUCUUGCUACUCCUCAAGAAGUGGGACAGGAUAGUAUGAAACAGCAGGUGGUCUCUGGCACUAACAACCAGAUUGAGGCCGGGGCGUCUACUGCCCAGUCGAAACGUACCAAGCGGAGACCAAAGCGCUCCUCCAAUGUGCCCCCGCCGCUGCCAGCGUCCCGUGUGAAGCAAGACGAGGUGAUCGAGGCUUAUGGUUUGAAGACUUCCAGGAGUGGAAGGCUGCUUGUACCUCCACUGGCGUACUGGAGAAAUCAGACCAUAGCUCACGACAAGGACGGAGGCAUCAUUGCAAUCCUUGAUGGUUUUAAGGAGACUCCCUCGGACACAGGCUGUUUCAACUUCAAGCCUCCCACGGAGAAGCGGCAAUUGCAGCAGAAGCUGUGCUCUGCUGCUUGGGAUGUCACGGAGAAGGGAAAGAAGAAGGCUCGAAAGUAGUAUAACCAGAAGGCUCUUGACAGUGUACAAAGACUGCCACCCUCACAAACCUCUUACCUUCUCAACAAGUAGAAUGCAGAUAACACUAGGAGAAGAAGAUCCUCGUUUGACAGAUGCAAUUUACAUUUAUAGUGUCCCUCUUGUGCCAAAUGUAAGAAAUGAAACAUUGCUGCUGCAGCUAGGUGCUGUAGGAAAAAA